CAUUCGCUCUGAAACAUUUUUCAUUUAGUGAUCGUCUCUUGAACUGUUCAGGCGCAAUAAAAAAAUUCAACCCACAAUCAACCAGUUAUAACUCGUGCUACAGAUCUUCGUACAUUCAAUUUCAGUCCGUUACCUUCACUGAACUAUAUAGACAAGAAUGUCUACAAUUCGUUUAAAAUCAUCCGAUGGUGUAAUUUUUGACACCGACCCGAAGGCUAUGAAGUGUUCACACCUCAUCACACAGAUGCUCGUAGAUUGUGGCAUUGAACCGGGAAGCGAAACGUGCGUACCGUUGCCGAAUGUGAAAGCAUUCACUUUGGGGAAAUUUAUAGAAUGGGCCAAUCAUCACAAAGACGAUGUACCACCGAAAGACCCCAAUGACAAAAACUAUGACGAUUUAGAGGAAUGGGACGAAAAUUUCUUGAAAGUUGACCAGGCCUCGUUGAUUGAACUAAUUAUGGCAGCGAAUUACUUAGAUGUAAGGGACCUGUUCGAGAUGGCAUGCAAGACAACCGCUGACCUAAUCGCGGGCAAAAAUACCGAAGAGAUUCGCGAAACGUUCCACAUUAAGAACGAUUUUACUCGUUCCAACGAGAAAGGAAUGGGUAAGGAGAUAGUAUUUGCCAACGAAAAAAGUGAUAAUAGUUGACGUGUGCAACGGUAUCGUUUCAGUAACAAUAGCUUUGCAAACUAUGCCAAUAUUUUGUCGUAAGUUUAGUGUAAACCAGUCCUGUCUUUUCUCGCCUAUAAUUUGAACAGCGCCUUUGUAUUGUAAUUUUAGCUUUAAUUCAAUGUUCACCAUUUUUUGUGCUAAAUAAAUCAUUUCAGAACC